AUGUCACUUGCUGUUGGAAUAGCGGCGCCCACCUUCAGCGCGCUCAAUAAGCCCCAGAAACGCGCGCUCAUUCUCCGCGACCAACUUCGCUAUGUUGACCCGACGCAUCUGAACACAUUCAUCGAGGGCCUCAGCAACGACGAGCCACCCACAUACACCAGGGUAAAUGGUGUGGUCAAGCCCGAUCUCGUCUUUGUUACCCUCAAAGAAGAGGCCACUCGUUUCGAUCUCGGAAAUGUCAUACUACCGGAAGAAAAGAACGCCAUACAUCGUGUCUACCUGAUGGUGGAGGGUAACCAUGUCCAGAUGCACGUUGAAGAUCCAUUGCCCCUGGAGGAGGAUGAACUCGAUUCUCAUCCUAUCCAUGGUUUCAUUGCAAAGGGUAUGGUGCCUUUGUUCAAGGAGAAGUAUCAGAUUCUUUACAUGAGGGUGAACAAGAUCAACGAAGCGAGGCGGGCUGCUUACAAUAUGCCGUACCAGGCACCGGUGCUGUUUGAUGACGGAGAGUCACGAAAGAGGCGUCCGAAUGAUGAGGUUAUUCCCCAUAUCUCCAACAAGCGCAAGCGCGCUGGUCUCGACAUAAUUCCGGAGGAUGUGAAACGUAACAUCUUCAACACCAUUCCAAGCAACAUCAAGGUCGACCUCUUCAACUCCGUCGUCAAGACUGCGUUUCCCAACUUCAACAACCUCAUGAUUGCGUCUUGGAACGUGGUAACGAUCUACUCUUCUUGUGGUAGCGACUUCCCGGAAUUACAUACGGCCAUCGUUGAUCUGAAGAGUGUCCUUCAAGAUUUCGACGAGACUUUUGGUCAACGCGUCGAUCGCGUCACGCCUAGUUACAGGCACGACUUUGGAGGGCCUUCGAGGGAUCGUGAAGAUGGAAACGGUGACCGAGACCGCGAUUUUACCCGCGAUCAAAGCCGUCGUCGCAAUCACCAAGACAAACACAGUCAUCGCGGUGGAAACAACUCCAGGACCCCCGUCCCCUCCUUUGUACGAAAUGGGGCAGGGAACGCUGAACAGCUCGGAGAUGCCACUGCCAAUGAUUUGGUCCAGUUCGAAGAUGACAUGGAAGUUCCUGUCGACGACGUCGAAAACAUUGAAGACGUGGCGGAACCUGAGAUGUCACCACCGCGCGCGCUCCAGUCGUCUCAACCCUACGGAGAUUCAGACGAUGAUUCGGACGAUGAUGAUGACGAAAUUCCUCCUGUGGAUCCCCGCUCCACUCAUCGACUUGCAAACCAGAGCGUGGCUCGCCACUCCCACCCAAAGCGUACCCCAGAAACCCAUGAUAGAGGAAGCGUUACUACAUCGGCAAAGCCAUCACCAGGCCCACAGUACACUCACGUUACUCGCGAAGUCAGCGGAGAGCCUCAAGAGCAGUUCGCCGACGAGGCAGAUGCUGAGGAUGGUGCUCUUGCCAUACCUCAGACAGCAGGUUCAGAAUUGGCGCGUCGUCGUGAGGAGUACGCGUCCUCUGUGCAGAAGAGGUCCCAGAACGAAGCCCCCAAUGCUAAACCCAUGGCUGAAUCUAGCCCCCGGAAUGCAGCGAUUCCCGAGCAACCGCUUGCAGACGAGGCCGACUCCCAUUCCGAGCACGACCAGCCUGUACCACAGCUCGAUGAUAGUCCCCCUGCAAUUCCGACUUCCUCUUCGUCAACUUCGCCAACUUCGCCACCUCCGCUAAAGAAGAGAAAGAAGGAUCGCGAAGCCGAGUACAGUGUCGCCCAGCUAGACAAGAAGUACCAGGAGCGCAAGGCCCACAUCCUCCUUUCUUUCGAGAACGACAUGAACAAGGUGCCACAAAAGGCCCGCAAGAACCUUCGAGAGAUGGAGGCCCUGAUCGAGCAGCGCAAGAAGUAUGAGGCGCAGGAGCAAGUUGACAAAAGCAACAGUAAAUCUGGACAGACUGCGCGCCCAGGUACCACCGCCGGUGGCAUGUUCGGCAACUACAACACUAAGUCCCUCGGCAAGUCUAUGCUGGGCCCCAAGAAACCGACAGGCAUCGCGCCGGUGGCUCCGAUGUUCCCGAACAGCACUAGAAAGGACCCGAGAGAUAGCGUCGCAAAGGGUACGCAGGGGACUACUCCCCCGUACGGCCGCGGCCGUUAA